UCGCCUCGACGACGUCGUUUAGACUGUCCAUACCCCAAUUCUUCCCCCGGCUGCUUAAACCCUAACGACGACGAACGCGAGAGGCUGAUCGCACGAAUUACUCAAGGAAAUGUCCUCUUCACUACUGAAAAGAUUACACAAAAGUUGGAAUUGCAGUCGGUUUCUCGAAACUAAUGCGCUCACCCGUUUGUUGCAUUCGUGCAGUGAAUCGUAUUUCCGAAUUUUAUCUUCUCCGGUACAUAAUCAGUUCGUUUCAGGUUUAGGAAAUCCUGCUUUCCUGACCAGAAAGAAUAGCCCGUCGCAUUUCUGUGAGAAUACGAGUACCCUGCUUGGAUCCAAUUUUAGUCGAUGUUUGAGCUCACAGGCUGCUGCGGAGGCAUCGACGUCCGAUGGACUAACCGUGCAAGGAAUCAUUGUGAAUAAUUGGGUCAUUUAUGAUGAAAACGAGAGCGAUUGGAAGAGCCACGCCUCCGCCAUUGCUCAGUCCAUUUACCUCAUCAAAAAACGCCUAAGAUGGAAAAAAUUAAUGCCUAGACUCGAGACAUUAUCAGAACAGUUGAAUAAGCCUGAUCUGUGGGAUGAUACUGCACGUGCAGGAAAGAUAAGCCGCAUGCAUGGUUCAAUCAUGUCUAAAAUUAAAGAGGUCCAGGUUUUUGAGCAAGAAUUAUUUGAACAUAUCGACAUGAUCAAGCUUGCUCGUGAAGAAAAUGAUGCAGAAUUGGAAUUGGAGUCAAUGCAAGCUCUACUUGCACUCAGAAGACAGGUUAAAGAAAAAGAGCUUGAAGCUUUGUUGUCGGGGGAACACGACUCUUGUUCUUGUUUCAUAGAGGUUCAGGCAGGAGCAGGCGGCACUGAGAGCAUGGACUGGGCUGCAAUGGUAAUGCAGAUGUACAGAAAGUGGGCCGAAGCUCGAGGAUUUGGGGUCAGUGUUGUGGAUGAAAUGCAGGGUGAACUUGCAGGAAUCAAGCGCGCCACAAUCAAAGUUGAUGGGGAGUAUGCAUUUGGAUAUGCCAAAGCCGAAGUUGGUGCACACCGUUUAGUACGGAUAUCCCCAUUUGACAGCAACAAACGAAGGCAUACCUCAUUUGCUUCUGUAGCUGUAAUCCCAAUCCUGGGCGAAGGAUUUUCCCAUUUUCAAAUCAAUGAGUCCGAUUUACGGAUUGAACGAUUCCGAUCAGGAGGACCUGGAGGUCAGCAUGCCAACACAACUGAUAGUGCUGUGCGGAUUACUCACAUCCCUACCGGAAUCACUGCCACUAGUCAAAGUGAAAGAUCACAACAUCAAAAUCGAGUAUCGGCCAUGGCUGUGCUUCAGUCUCGUCUAGAUCAGCUUGAGAUGGAGCGUCAAGCUCAGAUAAAUGCAGAGCACACCGUGUCCCUCACGGACAUAAACUUUGGCAGCCAAAUACGCUCCUACGUGCUUCAUCCGUAUAGAAUGGUGAAGGAUCAUCGCACUAACUACGAGGUGUCGGAUCCUGAUUCUGUCCUGCAAGGUGAUCUUGAUGGCUUUAUCUUGAGCUUCCUCUCGGCCUCUCUCGACAAAGAUGAAGAUGAAAAUGACGGAGAUGCUUGAGCUACGCGCGGUACUUUCUUUCUUCUGUAUUCUAUACCUUAAGUGUACAUAGCAUAGACCAUACCAUGUUUGUGUUUGUUUUUGUUUUCGUAGUAUCCUGGAUUUUGGGGCAUUUUUUCGAAUCCAUUGGGGUUUGGUUGACUGUAGUAUGAUUUUGAUGAGUUCAUUUGAUCUUAUCUGAUCUGAUCUGAUCAGAUCAUUUGGACGUCCUCUGUUCUGUUUCUUAUUUUACAUGUAUGGGUAUAUGGGGUAUGUGUAAUAAAUAUGCAUACAUACAUAUACUAUAUAUAUAUAUAUAUACUAGUAUCGUAUUUUUGAGUUUCUUGUCA